GGGGGCGGGGCGCGGCGGGCGGACCAUAGAGCGGGGAGGCCGCCGGCAGCGCAGAGCGGCCCCGGCUCGGCGGUGACCCGCAGCCAAGAUGGCGGCGCGGAGGCCCCGCCGCGCCUCAGAACGUGAAAGUGACGAUGAUUCCUAUGAAGUGUUGGACCUAACAGAAUAUGCAAGGCGUCACCAUUGGUGGAAUCGUGUGUUUGGCCGCAAUUCGGGACCAAUUGUAGAAAAAUAUUCCGUGGCCACACAGAUUGUGAUGGGCGGAGUGACUGGCUGGUGUGCGGGAUUUUUGUUCCAGAAAGUCGGAAAGCUUGCAGCAACUGCAGUAGGUGGUGGCUUUCUUCUGCUUCAAAUUGCUAGUCAUAGUGGAUACGUACAAGUUGAUUGGAAGAGAGUUGAAAAAGAUGUAAACAAAGCAAAAAAACAGUUAAAAAAGCGUGCAAAUAAGGCAGCACCUGAAAUCAAUACUCUAAUCGAAGAGUCAACAGAAUUUAUCAAACAGAACAUCGUGGUCUCCAGUGGAUUUGUUGGAGGCUUUUUGUUAGGCCUUGCAUCGUAAGGACCUGAAUCAUCUCUUCCCAAUGGCAUUCGUGUCAAAGAACAGUUGUGGUGACACACUGUCAGAAAGCAGUGUGGGUCACCGUGCCCUCCAGAGCAAGACGAAUGGAAUAGGUAGAAAAUUUGGAAGCUUUCACAUUUUAGGCUUUUGCCUCUUGAAGCUUGGCAAAACUAGAAUUUGCUGAAAAAAUGCAGUGUGCUCAUUAUAGCAUUUCUGGGCAAAACUGGUUCAUCUUCAUCAUGACUCUUUUUAUCUAUGACCUUUCAAGAUCUAGCAUUUUUAAAAUGUUAUUCUUGGAAUAUAGAUAUGUAAGCAUAUUGUAAGAAAGCAAGCUCCAUUUGUAUGUUUUCAAGUAAAUACUGUUAAUUUUAAAAGUAUUUUUCUUCAUGCUGUAGUAGAUAGUAUUAACGACUACAUACUGUACAUGAUACUGUAGUUUCAGCCUCGUGGCUGCCUGUGUUCUUUAGAAGUCACUGCAAUAAUCUGUAAAUCUGUAAUACCUUUUUACAGAGUAUUAAAUAACAAAGAAUCAUCAGCUCAUUAAAAGUGAAAAUUGACUUUGACUCUGGCCUCUCUAUACAUAGAGAAUAAGUCUCAUUUUCAUGUCCUGCAGGCAUCUGGUACAAAUAUUUUGCACACAAGUUUGUGUGCUAAGUGAAUGUGUAUGUUACUUUUCCCAGAUGUGUAGACAUGCAUAAAUUCAUUGAUAAAACUGUAGUACACAGAUAAUCAUGGCAAGGAUCAUUGUUUCAUGCUCAGUGAGCUCUCAGGCUUCAGUAGGUGGUGAAAUGAGGCCCUGAGACUUCUGCCUGAGCACUUUGCAAGGGCUCAUACUUUGUGUGGCUGGAUGCCAUGACAGUAUGAUGUACCUUGGAUCGACUGAAGGCUUCUCUUGUAGCCCGUUUUAGAUAGAAAUUAUGAGGUAAUGCUCACUUUCAUAUUCACCUCUAUUGCCACCAUGUUCUGCCCAACUUAGCCUUUAAAAAAGAAAAAAACAGUUCACUUAAUUUGACUUUUACUGUUAAUUUGACUUUUCACUGUCUAGGGUGUCAGCUAUGGAAAAUCUAGGGUACAGAUUGGCUUCAGUCAGCUUAUUGGAAGAGUGCCUAUUGCCUCUGAUGUCUGGGAAAGUAAAUGAGACUUCAUCUGUGGGAUGUGGUUGCGGCCUCCAUCUUUGACAAAUCAAAGCCAGAGGCAGAUUCUAAAGGAGAGGAGGUAUAAUUUUCUAGCCUGUCUACAGCUAAUUCUGAAGCAGGGUUUUAAGGUGGUUUUGGUCAUUUCUUACUAAAUUGUUCUCAAGAAGUUGAGAAUCCAAAUGCAUGCUUUGUACGUUUUUCUGUUUUUCAAACUUAUGAACCUUUUACCUAAGACAAGGGGAUGUUUGCCCUGACCUCCUUUCCCUGCUUUAAUUCUGUGCCCAUAAGUUAAUGUGAAAUUGAGCCUGCCUCAUGCAGGUUUUGUUGGGUUCUUGUUUACACACCUGAACAGCAGUAAUGAUGCAUCAGCAUCCCAUGGCUGAAUGUGAACUUCUGAUGUGCAGGGUAAGUGAUGAACCUCCAUCAGAUGGACUGUACAUGAAAGGCCUUUGACAUCAUAACCUAGUUUAUAUUUAGAUCAGGGCAUCUGUGAGCUUCAGAGGCGCUAACGUACUGUAGGUUAACUUCAUCUGGCUGGGGUAAGUCAUGAAGCACAUCGUGCAUGCCUGCCAGGUUUAUGUAAUGCUUUAGUAAAGCUAAAACCUGUUUAGAAUUUUGGAUAUCAAAACAACAGCAAAAAGGCAACAAGGAAGACAUUGCAUGUUAUCCUAAGGUUUUGUUUUUUUCUAAAAAGGUGAAUUUCUAAAGCUAUGUAAAAACAAUUGUUGCAGUUCAUUGGAAAUGGGAAGCCAAGGAAGGGGCUGCGUCAUCUGGCAUUAAAGAAAAACAUUGAAUGAACCAUUGUAUGAAAGUUUCUUUUCCUUAGUAUUCAAUCCAAAGGAGAUUGGUAAGGUAACCAUCAUGUUCUUCUCUGCUGGUGAAGCUGAUGGAUUUUGGCAUGUCAUAGGAUUUACCGAAGCCGACCACUGCAAGUCACGCACAUGGGUGAACUCAGAUGUUCCGAAGGUCUCUGGGAGUGAAGUGAGCACCUCGAUAACGCGAACCCACAAACUUGCAUCUAAAAAGGAGUCUGCCCUGUGAAAGGGUUUCAAGGGAGCAUGCUGCAGUGCCCUUUCUAAAAGGGCUGCUGUGAGUGAGAAAUAUGCUUCAUAGUUAAAAGUAGAAUUUAAAAUAACUUUUAUAGCAGUCUGCAAGCCCAAUUUCUGCAGGGGAAAGUUGUUCUGCUGUCCUGUUACUGUUAUCUGGGAUACUCAGUAAGAUGAUGAAUAAAGAACUGAUCGAACGAA